GAAACGACUCGCCGAUGACGACUUUGCCGAGGAUGUUGACCCCUUCGGUGGCUCUGACUGGAUGUACGGCGGACGUUCGCUGAGAAGUCAAGAAAACGACGACGCUUUGGCUACGCUCGCGGACUUGGCGCCGCCUCCGCAGAAACUGAAACCCAUCAGGUGUGUUGUUAAUAAGGCUUCGCUGGAGGAUCGGCAUCCGCUUGAUAUUCUCGCUGGGAGUCUAGACAGGCUUCCGGAGAUGGGGUUUCUUGAAGACGGCUGCUUCGAUGCUCCUUUGGGGUCGAAGAUUGCUGACGUGGAGGAAAGUGGUCAGUCGACGCGUGGGGUUGGGAAGGGUUUAGGGUUUGAAACGGAGGUUCAAGGUCAAAUACAUGGACAUACACCUCGUGAUGGUGUGUCUCUGAGAAUUUCGGUAAAAAAAAAACACGACAAAUGGUGUUCUCUCGAUGGGUUUUGGUGAUUUUCACCCUGUUCAUAGCAGGCACCCUUUCAGAAAAUUCUUGGCAGACGUUGAGUGGGAAACCUCCGGUUGUGAUUGCUAGAGGUGGGUUCUCUGGUGUGUUUCCAGAUUCCAGUAGUAAAGCAUAUCAAUGGGUAAGUGUGACAAUUUCACCAAACGUAGCUCUCUGGUGUGAUCUUCAACUAACAAAGGAUGGUGUCGGAAUCUGCUUCCCUGAUCGUAAUCUUGACAAUGGGUCCGAUGUCACGGGCCUUUACCCAAAUAAGAAAGAAUGGUUCUCUGUUGAUUUCACAUGGAAGGAUCUCUCUGAUGUGAAGUGUAAAUUGGUCCAGAACGUUAAGUCACGAUCAGGAGUUUUCGACGGUUCCUACCAGAUAUUAACUGUUGAAAUUGUAGCAGAACUAGGAGCUCCCGGCCUCUGGUUAAACAUUCAGAACAGUGCUUUCUACAAACAACCUAACUUGAGUAUGAGAAACUAUGUUCUCUCUCUAUCAAAACGCGUGGAAGUCAACUUCAUAUCUUCUCCAGAGAUCAGUUUCCUCAAGAGCAUGAAAAAGGAUGUGACAAAGCUCAUCUUUAGGUUUCUGAAUCAAGACCAGAUAGAGCCAUCCAAGAACCUGAGCUAUAUAAAAACGUUUUCAUCUGGAAUCCUUGUUCCAAAAUCUUACAUAUGGCCCGUAGGUUCAGAUCUUUACCUGAAACCUCACACGUCCCUUGUCACAGAUGCUCAUAGACAAGGUUUACAAGUUUUCGCCUCGGAGUUUGCCAAUGAUUUUACAGUUGCUUAUAACUACAGCUAUGAUCCAACGGCUGAGUACUUGUCUUUCAUCGACAAUGGGAACUUCUCUGUUGAUGGUUUCUUAUCAGACUUCCCCGUGACUCCAUAUCGAGCCAUCAGUUGCUUCUCUCAUUUGGACACCAAAGAUGAGAAGCCUGGUCGCAUAACAAUUAUUUCGAGUGAUGGAGCUAGUGGAGACUUCCCAGGAUGUACUGAUUUGGCAUAUGAGAAAGCUGUGAAGGAUGGGGUUGACAUUCUUGAUUGCAAUGUCAAAAUGUCCAAGGACAAGAUUCCUUUUUGCAUGAGCUCCAUAGAUCUUCUCAACACCACUAAUGUCUUUGGCACAAGCUUCAGAAACCUGUCAUCAACAGUUGCAGAGAUUCAGGAGAGAAGUGGAAUCUACACUUUCAGCCUGACCAUGUCUCAGAUAAAAACCUUGAAGCCUGUUAUUUCAACUCAUAAGAAGGACCAUGCUUUAUUCAGAAACCCAAGAAACAAAAACGCUGGAAAGUUUCUUACAUUAUCAGAGUUCUUGCUUCUUGCAAACCGUUACAACUCUCUCUUCGGCGUCUUGAUAAAAGUGGAGAAUGCAGUGUAUUUAGCUGAACAUCAAGGAAUCAAUGUGGUCGAUGCUGUGCUAGAUAAAACGCAUAACCAAACUACUCAAGAAAGCCUGACAACUUCAAUAUCAGUCUACUUCCAGUCAACUGAUAAGUCUGUCUUAAUCGCCUGUAACGAGAAGACUAUACUCUCCCCUGGCCAACUUGUGUAUAGAGUGGAUAAAGACAUCAGUAAUGUCACAGAUUCGGCAAUCAAUGCCAUCUUGAGUUUCGCUGGCACUAUUGUCAUCAGUAUGAUCUCGGUCUUACCCUACAAUGGAGGAGGGCUUGUCAGGCUUAAGAAGACGGAUGUAGUUCCAAGACUGAAAGCACGUGGGCUUCGUGUGUUCGUAGAGACGUUUAGCAACGAGUUUGUCACUCUACCCCUUGAUCUUUACUGGGAUUCAACGGUUGAGAUAGACUUCUUUUUCCGGAGUGCUAAGAUUGAUGGUAUCAUCACUGACUUCCCAGCGACCAGUGCAAGGUACAAAAAGAACCAAUGCUAUAGAGAGACGAGUCUGUUUAGAACCGGUGAGCUCUUACCUUUCGCAAAUCCAAUGCUUCUUUCCCCAGCUCAACCUCCAUAUCCGUUACUAGUUAAGUCAGAUGUCAAGGAAUCGCCACUGCCUGAAGUAAGAAGCAAGCAGCCACCUCCUUCUUAUGCGGCAUCGAAGGCAGUGGCGAAAGCAAUACAAGUCUACUGUCCGUUUAAAACCAUUGUGGUUCUUGUGAUCUUCUUUAUCUCAGUUUAGUGUGCUUGUAACGAACUUAAACUGCAUUAUCAGGCAGUAAGACUAUGAAUAAAAAACAAUUAAUUAG